AGACGAGAGGAUUUCUCAUUUUCGCGAAGACGCGCGUUGCUUUUCUUGCGUUCGCGUUUUUGUAACGUCGUCGUAGAGCACCGGUUGGUACAUACAAACGACAAAAUUCCCUUCAUGGAAUCAAUAAGAUGCACGUGUGAAGGUACCGCGUUGUCGAAUAAUCACGCGCGCUACGAAAGUAAAUACGAUUUCUCUCGCAUCACGGAUAUGUUCAUCGGACGAACUCGGUGUUCCAGCUCGCGGCCGAUUUUCUCAUAUUGUUCUCUCUUUUGCGUUAUUGAAAAUCGAAAUAUUUCAAGAAAGACCUCUCGCGAAGUGUUUCCGCGAGAAUUUGGUCGGGAUUUGCAGUAACUUUAGUCACAUCAAGUGGAAAAACGAAGGAGUACUUGGAGGCUUGCCGAACUUUGGAGAGGAGAAAUUGCCAGCAUUGGGAAAUUUUGAGUGGCACUUAGAAAUAGUCCAAUACUUGGACCGUGCAAUAAUUAUUUCGCUGCAUCGGCAGAAUUAAAAUUGUCACGCCGUCGUCUUUGUUAUAAAGCUAUUUGGCGCCUCAAUGAAAUUGAAAAAACUUGCGAAACUUUAAAAUGCUUUGUGACAUCCAGAUAGCAGAAUAAUAAUAGAUGGAGAGUAACAAUUAAAAAGUGCAGGCAGUCGAGAGGAAAUAUCAAAAAAGAAAGCGGAAGGAGAAAAGAUGAAAAGCAAGAGUUAUUACUCGCGAUCGAGCGAGCAUUUUAAAUGUUUGGAUUGAAAGAGAGGAAAAUCGAACUGCAGAAAAAUUGAGGAGAGGGCAAUUAAGGAGGAGAGAAUCGGGUAAGGGCCGAAUGGGAAUCGAAACGUGAAAAGGUAGAAACGAAUUCAAGUGGAUGAUUCGGCUGAGGUUCGUAUAAAGUGGAGGAAUAGAAGUGAAGAGAACAGGAUUUUAUUCGGUGUUUUGUGAAAAUAUAUAUCUGCGUAGUGAUUAAAAUAAAGGCCGCCGAAAAUUUGAUUAUUUUAGACUGAAAAUCGGCGCUAAUUAACACAAUUGUAUAAUUAUUUAAAUUGAAUUUCCGAGAGGAGCGCUGAGUUUUUCGACGCGUAUUAGAGAGAGAUAUUUUAAAGAUAUUUCAGCGAAAUUAGAUCAGAAAUUGUGAGGUAAACUUAUGGAUGAAUAUCGUACUUUAGGAAAUUCGGUUAAUUAAAAGUCCGCCGAUUAUUUUUUAAUCGGUGCUUCUAUAAAGUACUGAUUAAGUAUCAUAAUGAUACUAUAGUAGUAGUAGUAGUAAUAUUAUUUAGUUCCUUAUCAAGAAUAAGUGUAACAGCCAGACUUCCGCAAUACGGAAAGAGCGACAGUGAAACUCAUCGAAAAUUCAUCCGGCGUUUUGCGCAACUCGAGGAAUAAAUUGCGACCAAACCAAGAGGGAUCGUUGGAAAUUCAUUCGGCAUAUCAGAUUCUCGCGUAGAAGCGAAGUAAUUAAAGAAAACCCGUGAGAAUGUUUAGGCAACCACGAAGAAGGAUAAUUGAAAAUUCAUGUAACGUUUUAGCUCCUUUUUCUCUUCGUGAGAGGUAUGAAGGAAAAUAAUUGGCGGUCCAUUGGACGUCUUAAUUGACUGCGUAGAGAAAAAAAAACACUAAGAAGGAAGAUAUUAGCUUUGAUUCCCGAAGAGAAAGAGGCGAAAUUCCAAAUGAUCGAAUAAUAAUGAAAUUAAUUUGGUAUAUUUGAGCGGGAAUUUAAAUGAUUGAAUUAAAGAUUUAAUCGGCUACUUGGCGCGAACUCGAAUUAGAAGGUGCGAACGAAUCGCUUUCGACAAGUCAUUUGAACCAAUAUUUUAUUCGAUUUCGAGGGAAACAUAUAAUGCAGUGAAAAAUCGAUGAGCAGAGAAAACGGGGGAGUUAAGGAAACGCGUGAGAAAUGUCACUGAAUGUGAAAAAUUAUUCGUAACAAAAUCCAACAAUCUCGCACUCGACAAGUAGAGGAUGCGUCGUUCGUGAAGAAGACUGUUAAGGCAGGAAGAGAAAAACAGUCGAAAAGAGAAAACGUGGAAAACUAAAGAAAUUCCGGAACCUGUCAAACGAUUCCAAGUACCGCGGUCUUUCCGUUCGGUAAAAAUCGAUCAUUGAGAAAUAAAAUCUUUCAUCGGUUUGUUUUGCGCGGAAGCUACCACAGAAAAUAUUAAUUCGGUAUCGAAAGUCCUUGACAGAGAAUAAAAUCUACCCACGUUCGAAAAAAGAGUGGGCGGAGGAUCGUCGGAAAGGGGAGGCGUGCGAAGUCGUUUAGCGAAACUGAUUUACGCGGAAUCUACACUCUGGGAAUUUUCAGUAUCCCCAGCAUCGAUCGAGCCCUGCUACGCCCUGCAUUUCCGACACGUCGACAAACGAUCGCGAGAGAUCACGAGAAGCUGCACCAAAAAUCCGCCGUUCUCGCUACUCGGGGCGGAACGUGAUCGUACUUCAGGAAGUCGCCGAAAAGUCAGGCAUCGUUUUAUUUGCCCUUUUCCCACAUAACGCCAGUGAAUAGAAGUUCUGUGAAAGGGGGUGAGCACGAGAAGAACACCGGGGGAAAGAUUGCAAUUUCCGGUCGGCCACGUAACGUUAAAUUCAUUGCGUCGGGAACGUAAUCCUGAGGGACGAGCGCGCGUAGGGCAUUCUGAAUCGAGAUUUCUUGUGGAUGACUUAGGGCACAAACGCGCGUCCCACGGCGCCGUUCGUUAAGGAUAACACGUGAAGGAUACACUUGAACUCUCCGCCCUUUUUCUCCAUUUAUCGGUACGAUCGGUACGGAAAGACGACGAGAAAGUACCAGUGCGAAGAACAAAUGGAAGAAUCCUGACUCGCGACACGAAUCGUAAAUAGGCGAAAAUGUGAUUGUCAGGAGGACUUAUGUUCUGUCGAGCAUACGUUUUGUCACAGUGGAUUAUAAGGAACAGUCGACAUAAGCGAGAGUCUUGCGAAGAUCUAGUGAAGCAUAUAUAAUGUGGAAGCGAGGUGAGAAUUGAAGGAAUUUAAUCGAAGUGUGAUAAGAAAAAAAAUAAUUUUCACUACAUCUCUUUCUUUCUCUUUCUCAUCAUUUCCGAAGUUGUUAAAUAUAGAAACGACGGAAGCAAUCUGAUUUUUUUUGUCUUAAUAAGCAACCAUUUAUACACACUUAUAAUGGAGAUUCUCUCGGCGUAGAAAAGAGUCGGUAGUUGAGAAAUAGGAAUUUUUAUUCGACGAAAGAUCGUGAAAUAUUCGUUACUGAGUUGAACUGGAAUGUAGUCUCAGCCGCAAAACAAGCAACAAGAAUUGUUAAUCCGGUAUCACUCAACGUCGAGAGAGGAGCAAUAUUUAAGAGAAAAAUAAUUUUUAUUCGUAGGAUCACGUAGGGAUCGCGAUCAUAAUCUGUUCGUGCAGAAGCAUUCGAUCGUGCGUGUUCAAAUGUGAAAGUUCAAAGCGUUCCGAAGACACCAAUAAAAAGAACGUAUCUUUUUUAGCGAGGCAUGACUUGGAAAUUGGUUUAACGACAGUAUAUUGUAAACCGUCAGCUUUUUUUCGGCUAAAUUGGAACAUUUAUUAAAGUUUUUUGAUAUUAUAUCUAUUAUUGCUGCGAGAGAAAUGUAUCGAUCUUAGAAAACACGAGAUAUCUUUCAUUCUGAAAUUUUUUGUGUGGAAAAAGAGUUUCGUGUACUUCUGCAGAAUUUGUAUAUUUGCUAAGUAUCGUAGGCAAUUAGGACUUCACCAUCGAUUUAUAUAAUAGGAAGACUCGCCUACAGCUUCCUGGAGGCACUUGGUCGCAUUUUAUCAAACUAGGAAUCGGGAAACGAGGUGAAAUCAUCAGAAAAGGAGUACGGUACUUAACGAGUCGUUUCGACGUCGUAAAAUUCGUGGUAAACGCCAGUCAACGAUCGCGCCUAAUAGAGGCGACGACGCUGUUUUCAAUUCCCGUCGGGAUAACGUCUCUCGAGCGGAACGAGCGACGGAAAACUUCCGUCGGAUUCGAUUUCGUAACGGGAGGAGAAGCACCCUCGCGGGUGGUUGCAGCCGAAGACGAUGGUAGAGGUGGGUUACGGGGUAGGUACGUGAUCGUCGUGGGAUGGCUUAUGCGGGGGAGUGAAAAGUGCAGUCAAAGCAGUAUAGCGUGGCUAAAACCUCCGGAAGAGAGAUUGCAGGCCGCUGCAGACUUUGAUAUAUCCGCGGCGAGGGAAAAAAAAGAGAGGGAAGAAAGAGAAAGAAAGAAAGAGAGAGAAAGAGAAAGAUAUAUGCUGCGAUAGAAGAGAAACCAAGAUCAAGCGGUGUCAGCGCAUCAGGGGAUGCCAGCUACGUUCCCUUUCCUAUAUUGCUGCUACAUUGUCUUUUUUUUUAGGAAAACGCUAAUGGAUCGAUGGUACGUGGAACGUAUGACAAUACAAAACUCGAUGACGGACAAUUAGGGCGAUUUUAUCAUCAACAGUUUCCGUCAAGGCUCUGACCUUCUGCGCGUUGCGUCAGCGGGAUCGCGCGAGAUAGUGUUGAAGUAUCACAUUUAUAGAGUCGCGCGUUUCAUUCGAUUGAAAUAAUAUUAAGUAUAAACGCGAACGAAAGAAAAGUCGCGUAGAAUUCGAAUGUAGAUAAUUAAACGUAUCCGGGGAAGUAACUAGGAAAUUCGCGUUGUGAAUUAUGAAAGACUCGAUCGAUUGACGUCAAGGCGAUUGUUGCAGAUCGUGCACUCGAAAUUCGCGACGGUAGGAAAAUGAAAGCAGCGACAAGUGAGCCACACAGAUAUCCGAAACACAAACUAGAUCGUAGUUUGUUAAAUUCGAUAGCCUCGGCGAGCUGUCUAAAACAACGCGCUGUUUAAACGCUGCGUAACGUUAGACAUCAUCCGAGAUGCAACGCUAGCGACUGUGUGUAUGCUGAGAGCGAGUGUUAUCGAUUAUCCGGAGAUAACGUUUUGCGACCCUGUUUGCGACCACGAAACUAAAGCAUCGGAUUGACUAUCGAGCAGUGUAUGAUCAAGUGUUUCGGCAAGCGUGUAUACGUGCACAUUAACGAACUCAUCCGACCGUAAUCGUGGAAAUAUUGAUGGAAAUCCACGGGGAUUGAUCUUCAAUUAACGACCGCGUUCGACGAAAAAUUAGAAAUAAUUUCUAAUAAACGAGAAAGGCAAAGAACUUUGUUGUAACAGUUAACACUACAUUGAUAGUAUAAAAACAAGUGUAAUUUAUUUCGCAAAUUUGAAGUAGUGUUUAAGAAAAUCCAGUGACAAUCUUGAGAAUAAUUCAGAAACGAGCUGCAAUUCCUGUCGUCAUUCUGUGUAACAUAAAGAUACUUAAAUUAAGUGGCGUAAUAUAAAAUUGCUUGAUGUAACGUCUUGACGACAAUUCGCGUAAGAUAUAAAUUAAUUGAAAAAUUAAUUAAGAAACUAAACGUAAUUAAUCGAUAAUAUAGAAAAUAAUAUACCAAAGCGUGACUGUUCCUCUCAGGUUCAAAGAUCAUGAUAAACAUCGAGCUUCCUCCAGUUCUAGUCCUAUCAUCGAGUGAAUCGAUAGGCCAGUCAUAAAGUCUUCACUUAUUAUUUCUGAUAGUGCGAGAGGAUUGUGGUGUUCUGUGAAAACUGCAAAGACCAUAGUGUAUUUAAUCGUUCUGAGUUACAUUUAAGUAUUAACGCAGAAGAACCUUGAUCUCGUUACGACGACUCGCGAUGCCUCGCGCGUCCUACCAAGUUCGCAUCACCCAUCGUCGUCACCGUGUCCGAUAUCUUCUGGAGUCCUCCAACAGGAUCACAUGGGCGUAUCCGAGGACCGCGAGAGUUAAUUAAAAUGCGAGACCUGAACGCCACCGCAUGCGCUGCUUUGUACGACGGCGUCGAAUGGUCAAGUCUGUGGAACGUGAUUACCCUAAUCGUUCUGGCGAUCAUCGAUGUCAUGGUGGUGGUAGGUAAUGUCCUAGUCAUUCUGGCCGUCUAUUGUACCAGCAAGCUGAGAAACGUGACGAAUAUGUUCAUCGUAAGCCUGGCAGUUGCCGAUCUGAUGGUCGGCGUCGCUGUCCUACCGUUCAGCGCAACUUGGGAGGUCUAUAAGGUUUGGAUAUACGGAAAUCUUUGGUGCUCCGUGUGGCUUGCGGUCGACGUUUGGAUGUGCACGGCGUCGAUAUUGAACUUAUGCGCCAUCAGCUUGGAUAGAUACUUGGCUGUGACCAGACCAGUCAGUUAUCCUCAGCUUAUGUCGACGAAGAGGGCUAGACUGCUGGUGGCCACCGUUUGGGUUUCAAGCUUCGUUAUCUGUUUUCCGCCUCUAGUGGGCUGGAAGGACAAACGGUCGCAUACCACGUACAAUGACACGUUUCCUCUAUAUGGCCCGUCCAACACCACUACUAUACUUGUGCCGAUGAAACCAUGUCCAUGGAUCUGCGAACUGACCAACGACGCCGGCUACGUCGUUUACAGUGCUCUAGGCUCCUUCUAUAUACCAAUGCUGGUGAUGCUAUUUUUUUAUUGGCGGAUCUACAACGCCGCAGUUUCCACGACGAGAGCUAUUAAUCAAGGUUUUCGAACAACAAAAGCCUCGAAAAUGCUUGGCAGCAGGUUCGACGAACAAAGACUGACCUUACGAAUUCACCGUGGUCGAGGUAGCGUCCAUAACGGCAGUAAUAACGGCAAUUCAAGAAGUCCGGACUCGAGCAGCCGCAGCUCCGUGAAGCGAGAAAAGAUCAAGAUCUCAGUCUCCUAUCCCAGCACCGAGACGCUCAACACGAAGUGCAACACCCUCGAAAGGACACCGUCGAGAUGUUCGCAAAUCUCGGUCCAUUAUAGCAACGGACAGACGCAGACGCAGCUUUGUCCAGCCUCGCGAAACACGCAUCUUAAGGUCGGUGGUGUCAAUAGGGUCGGCAGCAGCAAAAGAACAAGCAGGCGAAGCAGCUGCGAGAGUCACGUGACCGGCGACGAGUUGUCGCUGCGCGAGAUGACGCCGAGCAACGAGGAGAAGCCGCGAGUGAUGAAGCUGGGCAAGAGAAACAUAAAAGCCCAAGUGAAGAGAUUUCGCAUGGAAACGAAGGCGGCGAAGACCUUGGGUAUCAUCGUCGGCGGCUUCAUCUUGUGCUGGCUGCCUUUCUUCACCAUGUAUCUGGUGCGCGCGUUCUGUCCGAAUCACAUCCAUCCAACCGUCUUCAGCGUACUGUUUUGGCUAGGAUACUGCAAUUCCGCGAUAAAUCCGUGUAUCUAUGCCCUCUUCAGCAGGGACUUCCGCUUCGCUUUCAAGAGAAUCAUCUGCUGCAAGUGCUCCUGCAUACAACGCGCCAACACCUUGCGACGUGGCAGUGACGGCAGUCAAUUGGCAAUGAGGAACGAACGAAGUCCGAGUUACUCGAUUCGCACGACUCAGCACGGGACCUCCAUCGACGACUCGGAUCCGGAUCCGUCAUUGGAGGCGAGCCAUUCGCAGAGUGAGUCCAGAUGAUUGUAGCGACACGUCCGAGCUGGUACGCAGCGCGUCACCUUCAAUCCCCGAUCCUCGAAAGCGAGGAUAUUCUCAUUCUGAUGAUGGCAGUGCUCCGAGAGCCGCGCUCGACACUUCCUCGCGGCCCUCUCUUACUAUCGUAACGAUGAAGUCGCGGCCACUUUGACGCUUAGUGUGCCAACGUAAAUCAGUUUCUCUAUUCUACCAGACUAAUGUUGCGUCAGCAGUUCUCGUAAAUUAGAACACUCGGGUGAAGCUGGAAACUUCCAGACUCUAUCCCCGUCUCACCGCGAAUGUACGAAAUCGGUAGGUGAGUAACAGUCAGAUAACAAGCGACAAGUAGACGGGAGAG